AUGGCGGACAGUCUAGGUGAAUACAAGCUAUCGAUAAAAGUGCUAUUAGAUGCUGCAGUUAGUCGUCCAAAUCUGCAACAGUUUGUAAUUUCUGAAAUUGUUGGAGUUAUAGGUAAAACUAAAUGUGAUACCAAGAGCUUGAAAAGGAUGCUGCCAUUUUAUAAGCACUUAAACACAGUCGCUGUUAGGUCGUUGGAGUGGAGACUUGCUGCUUGUGGUAUUCUAACUGAAGAGGAUACUGCUCUAUCAGCCAUCUCUCCUUUCAUGGAUAAGAUUUUAUUUCAAUUGGUUACUAGCUCGGCCAUAGAAUGUGCUGAAUACUGCGUUCACGUCUGGUUAGAGAGGGUAGAAGCCCAGCACAAGGAACCCAAAGAAAUGUUAAAACUUGAUUUGCCAAAUCCAGUGGAAUAUUUAAAGAAUGAAGAUUCAGCAGAAUUGAGCCUUGUAUCAUCAGUGACUCUGGCAUCAUUUAGGGAACUAAGUAAAGAGCAGAUACAAAUGCUCCUGUCAGAAUUUCCUCUUCUCCUUGAGAGCAUUCCCAGCCAGUUUUAUAUCAGGCUUUUUGUUGGGUUUUUUGUUUUCUUUGGGCUCCUCAGAUGUUUGUCAAACUCAAGCAAUUUCAGCUGCCUUUCAGAAAUUGGAAAUUGGACAGAUAUGUGGCUACAUUUGCUGACCUCCAGUCUUUUUGGAAAAUUCAAGGCCAAGAGAUCACAAACAAAGAUAUUCCAGACACAAAGAUAUGAUCUGCCAGUCCACCAUAUCCUGUGUGGAUUGAUGAUAUCUACAAGUUCUUUUACAACGAUUAAAUCCCGGCCUUGUACUCAAAGGAAGCUCUUAAAAGGGCUGGAACAAUUGAUAAUGUGUAGUUCUGGAUUUACUUCAACGUGGCUGAACGCAAUAAAGUUAUAUUUUUGAAACACAGAAAUAGUUUGGAACAUAUCGGAAUGAAAGAAAAGAAUCCGGGACCACACGAAAAAAAACAGGAUAAUAUAAAUAAAUAAACUAAUAAAGUUAAGAAGAACAUCCUUACACCGUCAGUCAAUUCACUGUCGAAACGGCCGACUUCGGCCAAAAGGCCAUCGACAGGAUACCGUCAGUUCACCAAAGAAAAAUUUGUUCUUUGGAAUUGAGCAAUAAACGGACACGGUUUUAUCUGCAACGAGAUAUACCUCAUCAAGAGAGUCGGUCAACCACAAAAUUGACCUUGAACUUAACAAUGAGACAAUGGUGAACUAAGUGAAUUCUUGUUCGCGAAAAAGACUUGGCCGCUCGCCAGGUGAUACACUUGACAAAAGUUUAGCAUCGGUCCUUUUAUCGACGACCCAGCUCAAAAUAUACCAUGUUUUCAAUUUCUUUUUGUCUUGUUUCAGGACAAUUACUUUGGAGAUGUAGGAUGCAUAGG